AUUAUCUAAAUUCCCUUUUUCCAUACCAACACCAACUCUCCCUCUCCUAACCCCUUCACACCAACACCAACCCUUUCUCCUUCCUCUUCCCAACAGAUUCCAGUGCUGCCAUUGACACACUCCUCAACCUCGAAUGUAUCCUCUCCUCCCUUUCAACCCUAAUCGAUAAAUUCCACAACCUCUGCGGCCACUUCUCGCGAUCCCUCCUCCAUUGUCUUUCGCGAUCUCGUUGGCAACGCAUCACUGUUUUUUCUUUUAUUCUUCAGUUCUCGGCUGUGGUGCUCUGUACCCUAGGAGCAUAAGCAGCAACUUCGAUCACGAGGCAAACGAGGUACUGACUUGCUACCAAGAAGUUCGUUUUCGCAUUUGCGCUUGACUUGAUGCUGGAUUUCAAUGUCAAACAAUGUAUUUGUCGAAUGUUAUUUUCUCAAGCGAGAAGCUAGUAGCUGAAGAAAGAGUAAUAAAUGAAGCACAUUGUGAAGAUUUUGGCAUUGGUAGUAGCCAUUACAGUGUUAUGGAUUGGCCUUUUACAAACUUCUGUGAUUCCAUAUAACCAUACUUGGCUGCUACCUAUAUAUUUUGUUGUGUCUUUAGGAUGUUACGGUCUAUUAAUGGUUGGUGUUGGUCUGAUGAAUUUCCCAACCUGUCCUCAAGAAGCUCUGUUGUUGCAGAAGGACAUUGUUGAGGCCAAGGAAUAUUUAAAACAGAAAGGAGUUGAUCUCACUCUCAACUGAUGUGGUCUGAAAUCUAACGACAUCUUCUGAAUAGGCUGCUGACAAUUACCCGAGUUGUUCUGAAAAGACUUUUUGCAUUUAGCCUUCAUACACUAAAUACUGAUGUGGAAACUAUUUUGCUUAUGUAUAUGAACUCUUCAUUACAAUUAAUAGAUAGUUUUUUCUGUUUGUGUUAUUAA